GAAAUAAUGAAAGCCUUUUUAUUACAGCAACAACAGCCGACGAAUCACCGAAACUAAACUCAAAAACAAAACAAAAAACAUUCAGACCAAAACCCAUUCAUUUUCACACCAUAAACAACACUUUUAUGCUUCUUCAACCUUAAAUCAACUCCACCACCACAGAACCAACCAAAAAUCCAAUCAUGGGCUGCUGUGAAUCUUCAUUUCUAACAGCAGAAACCCACCCAGAAAAACACCAACCCACCAAAAAACACUCCACAAAUUCUCAAAACCAGACCACAAACAACCCAUCUUCACCAUCUUCCUCAGCUUUACUUUUAGACCCAUCUACUGGUAUCCCUUCCUUCUCUGAAUUCUCCUUCUCUGACCUCAAAGCUGCCACUAAUAACUUCAGCUCCGACAAUAUUGUCUCCGAGAGUGGUGAGAAGGCUCCUAAUCUUGUCUACAAAGGGAGGCUUCAGAACCGCCGGUGGAUCGCUGUUAAAAAGUUUACUAAGAUGGCUUGGCCUGAUCCUAAGCAGUUUGCUGAGGAGGCUUGGGGUGUUGGGAAGUUGAGGCAUAAAAGAUUGGCUAAUUUGAUUGGGUAUUGCUGUGAUGGUGAUGAGAGGCUUCUUGUUGCUGAGUACAUGCCUAAUGAUACUUUGGCUAAGCAUUUAUUUCACUGGGAAAAUCAAACAAUUGAAUGGGCAAUGCGCCUAAGAGUAGCUUUUUACAUUGCUGAAGCUUUAGAUUAUUGCAGCUCCCAAGGGCGUCCAUUAUAUCAUGACUUGAAUGCAUAUAGGGUUCUCUUUGAUGAGGAUGGAGAUCCACGCCUUUCUUGUUUUGGCUUGAUGAAAAAUAGUAGAGAUGGAAAAAGUUAUAGCACAAAUCUUGCUUACACGCCUCCUGAGUAUCUAAGAAAUGGAAGGGUCACCCCUGAAAGCGUUAUGUACAGUUUUGGUACUGUUCUUCUGGACUUGCUAAGUGGAAAGCAUAUUCCUCCAAGUCAUGCUCUGGAUAUGAUAAGAGGUAAAAACAUCAUUAUGUUAAUGGAUUCGCAUUUGGAGGGAAAGUUUUCUACAGAAGAAGCAACUGCAGUUGUUGAUCUUGGCUCUCGAUGUUUGCAAUAUGAACCCAGAGAACGGCCUAGUACAAAGGACCUUGUCGCCACACUUGCUCCACUGCAAACAAAACCUGAUGUUCCAUCUUAUGUAAUGCUUGGAAUUGCAAAACACGAGGAAGCCCCGCCAACUCCUCAACGCCCUCUCUCACCAAUGGGUGAGGCUUGUUCAAGGAUGGACCUCACAGCAAUUCAUCAGAUCUUGGUCAUGACACACUACAAAGAUGACGAGGGGACAAAUGAGUUAUCUUUCCAAGAGUGGACACAACAAAUGAGAGAUAUGCUGGAGUCAAGGAAGCGAGGGGACUUUGCAUUCCGCGAUAAAGAUUCUAAAACUGCCAUCGACUGUUACUCCCAGUUCAUAGAUGUGGGAACCAUGGUAUCCCCAACAGUUUUUGCACGGCGUAGUCUUUGUUAUCUUAUGAACGAUCAACCGGAUGCUGCCCUUCGAGAUGCAAUGCAAGCACAGUGUGUAUAUCCAGAGUGGCCCACAGCUUUCUACAUGCAGUCAGUUGCCCUUGCCAAACUUGACAUGCAUAAUGAUGCUGCCGACAUGUUGAACGAAGCCGCCGCGCUUGAAGAAAAGAAACAACGAGGCGGAAGAGGAUCAUGAGAUCAACAACCUAUACAGAUCAUGCAUUGUGAUUGAGGCCACACCAUGUCUAUGUAAAAUUUGAGCUCGGAAUUGAUUUGUUUUAACGACAAAAAAAAAUGUAAUAUAGAGGGAUACUUGCUGCUCUAGUUCACGUGUAAUUUUCCCUGUUUUAUGGGAAUUAGUUGAGAUAGCUACCAUUUGUGAUGGUCUGUAUGUUCUUCAAUUGCUGCUGUUCUUACAAUCUUUCAUCUUUACAUGUGAAAUUAACAUGUUCAAAGUCA